AGUGCGAGCGAGUUCACCUCGGUGGCUUUACGCAACUUCAAGUCAGUUUGGUGCGCAAGAGCUACCGCGAGGUCGUGCGCGCGUUUUAUACCUACGUUUGUAAUUCAAUUAAUUAUUUGCAUCAUGCGUUUCGAUAAGUGCGCGUUGUUGUGCGCGAUUCUAGCGCUUUCUAUUCUCGAACCAAUAGCAGCGCGAAAAGGAUUCGGCUUUAGUGGCGGCAGAAGUCAUAGCUAUCCAAAGUCUGGUGGCCUCUCGGGCGGCCAUAGCGGGAGUCACUCUUACCCCAGCUCCGGCGGCGGUCUGUCUGGCGGAAGCCACGGCUACCCAUCAUCAGGCACAGGCAGCAACCAUGGAUACCCCUCAUCCGGAGGACUUUCAGGAAGCGGACAAAGACAUCCCAGUUCUGGUCAUUCAUACCCUUCAUCAGGGGGCAGUCAUACAUACCCUCAGUCAGGUGGAAGUCACGGAUACCCGUCAUCCGGCAGUGGCCUAUCUGGCAAUAGCCGUCCUUCAGGCACUACAAAUGUUCAUCACCACUACCACUAUUCUCCACCGCAGCAGAUCUCGUAUGUUCCUCACCGCGGCGCAGCUCCAGUCAGCUACCCAGUAUAUCACGGCACUCCACCCACCUACGUAUAUCAGUACAAGGACUCAGGAAGUAAAUACGGCACGCUACUGGCUGGUCUCGCUCUCUUAAAUCUUGGCGCAUUAGCUGGAACAGCUUACGCGGUCAGUCAUGCAAACAGUGGCCACUCUAGCUACAAACCUCAACCUGGCGAAGUCUGCAAAUUCGGUGUAAGACGGUCCAAUAAUGAUUAUGAAGAAACUAGAAUCGACUGUCAAUUGAUAACGAGUUUCAUAUUCCAAGAAGAAGCAAAAACACAAGCACAAGCUGCGCAUAAUAGUACGACGAUUACAACAACGACAACCGUGACUAAUGUUACGAUGAUGAACAAUACUAAUCCAGUGAACCCAGUGUCGGCUCCAGUGAACCAGACGGCUGUUAAAGUUCUUUACGAAAUGUUGCCUAAUGGUACACUAGUUCCUGUGAAUGUGACGGUGAAUGCCACUGAGAAUGCAACGAGCAGUCCUGUUGCGAAUAAUAAUGUACCUUCAUCAGUGUCAGUGACCACGACGACGACCAAUACGACCGUGACGAACGCUCUCGACGUGAAAGGCAAGCCCAUCGACGUCACCCCGGACAUGCAGUGCUAUGUGAUCAGAACCUCCCCCUCAUCCAACAUGCGCAGGAGCGUUCCCUGCGGCUUGUUGCAGACAUACGCUGAAAAAUCCAUCACUCGCAACUCUGGUGUACGAAGUUUACCCACUUUUGCAAUAUUAACUGUAGUGUUUGCAGUAUUAGUUUUAAAUUAAAGACAUCGUCUGAUUAACUUUUUUAUUGAUGUUGAGAAUAUAGAUACAAAAUCGGAAACACCGAUUUGUUUUUUAAUUGUAUCUGAGACUGGUUUGUCAGUGAGUCUGUGAGAGGUAUAGUUUCUUAAUAAAUAGGCUUUGUCUUUACUGUUAAAGUACGUAAGUAAUCAUAACAACAUACGAUAUUUUAAAAAUUGGUUAGCCAUCUGAUGCUGUAUUGAGAUUCGUUUAAUCAUUAUGGUAAUAUCCGUGGAUAAUACGAACCGUUUCCACCAUGUUUUCGAAUAAGUUAUCUGUUUGUGCAAAUUCUUAUUUUGGAAGUAAUAAUAUAUUGAGGUGUCAUUUAGACGUACUCCUUCACGUAUGCUUGCAAGUUUUCAAUGUGUACAUUUCUUGUUAAUAAUGGAGAUUUACGUCUAACCUUUCCCUAUACGACCAUUGUUUGUUUUAUAUAAGAUCUUGAAGUGUUAAUUUUUCCUGUAUCGUUUUUGUACACAUAACACGGGUAUAACUUAAUUACAAAGUCAUAUUUGAAAUGUUUUUAAAACCGAAACUGGUUCGAAUGGCCAAUUUUAGAUAUUAUAUGAAAGGUACUGAUACUAGAAUAUAAAAGCCACCAAUGUACAUUAUGGUGUCAAUUCGGACGGACACAUUUUUACCGACUUCAAAAAAGGAGGAGGUUCUCAAUUCGACCGUAUAUUUUUUUUUUUUUUUUUUUUUUUUUUUUUUUGUUUGUUCGGGCAUAUCUUCGUCGUAUAUGAACCGAUUUUGAUAAUUCUUUUUUUGUUUGAAAGGAGAUAUACCCAAGGGGGUCCCAUGUCAAGGAAGUCAGGAUCUGAUGAUGGAAGACCAGAGAAAUCGAGGGGAAUUUUCAAAAAUCGUAGGAGCGACUAGUGCGUUUGUAAAGUCAUAUUGAUCGGAUCGAUCUUUAAGCUUCGGGAAAACUUCCCGACCUUCGAAAACUGGUCAGCAUCAGGGAGAUACCCUAUGGCCUGGCAAAACUAUACAACCUGGAGCAAUUUUUCUUUCACGAAACGUAUUUAAAUCUUGAUCAAAUUCAAUCGCCGGUGCAAAAAAACAAAAUGGCGGAAAAAAAAGAUGGCCGCCAUACAAAAUUUUGUCGAUUUUGGAAGAAGCCCGUUUGGGUAAAAAUAAUGUAUGGGGCGCUUACUCAAAACGUCAUGUAGAGUACGGAAAUACUUUCUGGUCACCAAAAACUGCUCCGCAUCAGAGAGAUACUCUACGGCCUGGCAAAACUAUCGCACGUGAACCAAUAUUUCUUUCAGAGCACUUAUUUAAAUCUUGGUCAAAUUCCAUAGCGCGUAAAAAAAAAACAAAAUGGCGGAAAAACAAGAUGGCCGCCAUACACAAUUUUGUUUUUUCAGAAAAUGUCUCGGGAUAUAAAAUAUAUAUCGGGGUUGUGAUUGGAUCGUCAUGUUAAGUAUGGAAAUACUUCCUGAUUUUCGAAAACUGCUCCGCAUCAGGGUGACACCCUACGGCCUGGCGAAACUAUCACACCUGAACCAAUUUUUCUUUCACGAAACCUAUUUAAAUCUUGGUCGAAUUUAAUGGCCGGUGAAAAAAAUACAAAAUGGCGAAAAAACAAGAUGGCCGCCAUACAAAAUUUUGUUUUUCCAGAAAAUGUCUUGGGGGUAAAAAUGAUGUAUAGGGGUGUGAUCGGAACGUCAUCUUUGAAAACUGCUCCCAAUCAGGGAGACAUCCUACGGUCUGGCAAACCUAUUGCACCUGGAUUUUGUUUGUUUCCACGACACCCAUUUAAAUCUUGGUCAAAUUCUGUCGCCGGUGAAAAAAAACAAAAUGGCUGAAAAACAAGAUGGCCGCCAUACGAAGAGGGACAGUUUCGAAUAAACAGGACACGCGAGCUGCUUUAGCAGCGAGCGAACCACGCGAAAUCUACUGUAUCUAUAUGUAUGCGUGAGUGUGUAUGAUAGCAGCUUCCACUGACAACCACAUGUGUGUAUGUACACAUACACAUGUGUGUGUGUGUGUGCGUGUGUGUGCGCGCGCGCGCGUGUGUGUGUGUGUGUGUGUGUGUGUGUGUGCGUGUGUCUGUGUGUGUGCGUGUAUCUGUGUGUGUGCGUGUGUACGUGCGCGUGUGCUCGUGUGCGUUAGCGCGUGUGUGAGUGUGUGUGUAAACAUGUUCAUCAAUAAUAAUUGUGAUCACUACUAAUAAUAUAUUAUAUUAUUAUAUAUGAAUAUAAAUCAGAAAAUCUGUCUGUCUGCAUCCUUGCUCGGUCUAACCAUCACUUAAAAUCGUAAAAUAAAAUAAAAUUUUUAACAAAAAAAAACCGACUUCAAACGCAAAACUAAAAAGCAAUAAAUAAAUUUACUUCGCACAAAGUAAUUAGUACGUAUUUUCAAUUUGUUAAUUAAUUUAUAAUUCUGAAGUCGGUGCCAAGUAAAUGCUACAACAACCCUACUACAAUAUCAAAUUACUAUGUACACACAAUAUUGUUUAAUACCUAUAUCAAAGCAAUUACAAAACAAUGUCAAACAAAAUAUUACAAAACAAUCAGUAUUGAAAAAUAUAUGAAUCGGUACUUCGUUGUAGCAUUUCCUUGGCACCGGCUUCAGAAUUAUAAAUUAAUUAACUAAUUGAAAAUACGUACUAAUUACUUUGUGCGAAGUAAAUUUAUUUAUUGCUUUUUAGUUUUGCGUUUGAAGUCGGUUUUUUUUUGUUAAAAAUUUUUUAUUUUAGCUUGACAACUUUAAAACUAGUUCCGUCCUUUAUUUUUAAUAAGUGCAUGAAAGAGCAAGAGCUAGAUUAAAAAUUGACAGACUAAAAUAAAUUAAUUUAUUAUUACAGAAAGGCCCCUUUGGCAAGUUUUUGAGUAAUUUUGCCCAAUUAAUUAGGUAUAAAAAAUAUA